UCACGUGUCAGGGCUUCCUGUAUGCUGUUGCUGCCGGGUGUCCAUGGCCCGCACCCCCAAGCUGCCACUGCAGCAGUCAGAGUGGCAGCCAGAGGCUUGGUCCAUGCUGUGCCCUCCGGACAGUGCUGGUGAGGCUGAGCAAAGGGCCUCCACAUUUCGACACCCAGGAGAGCAGGGAAAGAGUCUCACGGGAGUAAACGACCAUGUUGCGCCGCAAGCCCUCCAAUGCCAGUGAGAAGGAGCCCACUCAGAAGAAAAAGCUCUCUCUUCAGCGCUCCAGCAGCUUCAAGGAUUUUGCCAAAUCCAAACCCAGCUCCCCCGUGGUGAGCGAAAAGGAAUUUAAUCUGGAUGAUAAUAUUCCAGAAGAUGACUCAAGUGUUCCCACCCCAGAGGAUGCUGGGAAAAGUGGCAAAAAGCUGGGGAAGAAGUGGAGAGCAGUGAUUUCCCGAACCAUGAACAGGAAGAUGGGCAAGAUGAUGGUGAAGGCCCUGUCAGAGGAGAUGGGAGACACGCUGGAGGAGGGCUCAGCUUCUCCAACAUCUCCAGAUUGCAGCCUGGAUAGCCCUGGCCCUGAGAAAAUGGCCCUGGCCUUUGCUGAUCAGGAAGAGCAUUCACAUCCAGUGCUCAGCCGCCAGGCAUCAACGGGUAGUGAGCUCUACAGCCCCAGCACAGGCUCUGGCAGCUUUGGGGAGGAAUCAUCUACUCCACUGUACAUAGGACCCUUCUGUGGCCGAGCUAGGGUCCACACCGACUUCACUCCCAGCCCCUAUGACCAUGACUCGCUGAAACUGCAGAAAGGAGAUGUGAUCCAGAUCAUUGAAAAGCCACCUGUGGGCACAUGGCUGGGCCUGCUCAAUGGCAAGCUGGGCUCUUUCAAAUUCAUCUACGUGGAUGUGCUGCCUGAGGAGGCUGUGGGCCCUACCCGCCCCAGCCGCCGACAGAGCAAAGGCAAAAGGCCCAAGCCCAAGACUCUGCAUGAGCUGCUGGAGCGCAUUGGCCUGGAGGAACACACAUCUACCCUGCUUCUCAAUGGCUACCAGACACUGGAAGACUUCAAAGAACUACGGGAAACACACCUCAAUGAGCUGAACAUCAUGGACCCACAACACCGGGCCAAGCUGCUCACAGCUGCAGAGCUGCUGCUGGACUAUGACACUGGCAGUGAGGAAGCUGAAGAGGGCGCUGAGAGUGGCCAUGAGCCAGUGGUGCACACAGUGUCGGAACACAAGGUGGACAUCCCACGUGACUCCGGAUGCUUCGAGGGCUCAGAGAGCGGGCGUGAUGAAGUGGAGCUGGCAGGCACUGAGGAGCAGCUGCAGGGCCUCUCUCUAGCUGGGGCACCUUGAGGUAGAGGCAGCACAGGCCAAGGUUGGGCCUGAGCUGCAGAGGCCACAGGAAUGAAAAGCCUGGGCCCAGAGGACAGUGCCAAGCUUGGCCCUGUUUUCCCAGGGUCAGUUAGGGCCACAGGCCUGGCCAGAGCCCUAUAGGCUCAGCUGGAGUGGACAAAGGCACAUCCCUCCUCCAGACCCCUUUCUUUUCCAAUGACUGACAGCACAGCCCUCCUGGCACCAUCCACACCCCCAGGCCACAGCCAUAGCAGAUGGGGCAUCAAGGGAAGAAAGCUGAGUGUACCCCACUUUCUUUUUAACUUUCUUAGGGGUUUGGCUACCCAAUUACUAUGAGACUUGAACCAAGUGCUUUCCCCUCUCUGGGCUUUGUACCUACCAGAUAUAAUGGGUAGUUAUUGAGGACUUCCUGGCCAACUCUGACACUGUAUGAUUUUUUUGUUCUGGUUUUUGGUCUUUUUUGGUGCCGGGGAUGGAACUCAUGACCGCCAUUUGCUAAGCCACACUUACACCCCUGAGCUAAACUCCUGGCCAACACUGUAUGAUUUUAAACGUGUGCUCUCCUGCUACCUGUGGCCUGGGGCACCAGUGGGAAGUAUUGAGGAGGCUGGAGGGGCCUCAGGCUUUCAAGUGAAAUGGCUCUUCCUGCCUAUCCAUUUCACACCUUCCAUGUGACUCAAGCUGAGAUGCAACUUCCUCUAGUUUAAAACAAUGCCUAUACCUCAGACAAUGUGCACCCUCUUCCGUCCCUGGCCCCCGCAAAUUAGGCUUCCCACAAGACUAAUAGCAGGUGGUCAUACCUCGCUCUCAAGGACACAAAUGCCUCAAAUGCUAGUUGUAGGUCUAGGUCCAGACUUGGCCACACGUGCAGGCCCUCAAGCAAAGAAAGCACUAAGCUUGACAUUGAGACGAUCACUGGCCAACACAGCUUUGCUAAUGUUUUGGUGUACCCUGAGCUCCAGAAACUGUGGAGGGUAUCUGGUGAUAAAGACCUCUCUUGACUCCAGUAGCCAAUCUUUGCCAUGAAUCUCCCAGACAAACCCUUCCCUGGUAUGGGACAAACAAUUGUCCACUACCUCUAGGACUGCCUACUUCGUAGUCACACUUCUUGAUCUGCUAUCAGGAACUUGGGGAAAACUAGCUUUGCGGAAGGGGCUAGGUAUAAAUAUGAAGGGGGGGGGAGACAAAUCAGAAGAAAUAAAAUACAGGUAGAAUGAAA